CCUUGUGUGUACGUGUCAGUGGCUUGAGGCUUUGACAGCAGCGAUGGCCAGGUGGACUGGAACAGCGCUGCUUUGUGUGGCUCUCCUGCAGGGAUUGAGAAUGACCACCACCCUCCCCAACGGAGCCCCUCUCUCAGCAUGUGAGGACAUGAUGCCUCAACACUCCGGGGUCAUACCACAGCCUGGCCCGGCGCCCUACACCAUCCAAGUCAGUAACAGCUCCUAUGAGACCGGGGUGCCAGUCACAGUUCGGAUCCUGGGUCCGGUUUACAGAGGGCUGCUGCUGAAGGCUGUCGUGCCAGGCAGCACCAGUGCUCUGGGUUUGUGGCAGGACCCCCCUGAAAACACCAAGUUCUUACAGUGUUCGGGAAACCGGCAAGGCGCAAUCACUCACGCAAACAUUAACCCCAAGAACGACGAGACAGUGUACGAGUGGAUCCCGCCCUCCGGUAAAAGCAGCAUCCAGUUCAUGGCUACUGUGGCAGAAAACCGCCAGCUUUACUGGCUGAAUGUGAAAUCCAAAAUGUUGACAGGGUGUGCUGCUGGGACUGGGGCAGGUCUGCUGGUGCUUCUGUCCAGUCUGCUACUGGCUCUGCUGUAUUCCAGAUAGACAGCAGCUCCUGUUGUGCAGCCUAACUGGUCCUGGAUACAAUCUGAAUUGAAGCGCCCUGGCUAUUGCCAGCCCAGUGCUUCUUGUUGGCAUGUUUAUAGCAGCACUUUAAUAUUGAUUUUAAUAAUGCUUUAAAUAAGCUUCUUUUUUUAAUGCAUACUGUUGUAACAGUUCUAUAUUAAAAUAUUUAGCAGUGGUAGGUUCUGAGUAUCAUUGUGUCUUGGUUAAUUAGAUCCUAGACUGGGUGCUGACACACCUAUACUUGUAUGAUUGUUAUGGCCUCUUCAUAAUUUGUAUUUGAUCCAUGCCUGAAUGCAGGGAUGGAGAUAAGACUCGUAUUGCAUGGCCGUUUCACACAUUCCAGGUUUUACGAUGAGCCACAGUAUAUAGGUAACAAACUCAUAGUAAAACCAGGAAUGGAUCAAAAUGCUAUGCAAUAGAAUUUCCAUCCCUGAAAUGGUCUCACAUCAGACCCAAGCUCCAGUCGGAAUGAUCCAAUUACAUUAUUAUGAUAUGACACAUGCCUGUGUUUGUUUUAAGCAGCCCCAGGUUUGAAAGUGUGAAGUGCUUAAACCCAGGACUGUAGCUACAUUACCUUUACCUCAGAGAUCCACAACAUUAGCACUUCCAGUGGAUUCCGUUGCAGGACUUUGUUCCAACCAGUUCCUUCCCUGAUCUCAGGAUAGGCAGCACACCACUUUAGUCUACAGUGCAACCAACAGAUAACCGUUACAAAGCAGAUGUGUAAUGUGCAACUAUAAUACACAUACAAUGAUAUAUACCUUUUACAUGGUUUGCAUUUCCUUGCUGAAUUAACAAUACUAAACAACCUACAGAUUGUGUAAUUGCUGGUUUGUAGAAUGCAAGGCAUGCUGAAUAAAAAAAGAAGUACAUUUGAAAACUAUUGGUUAUUUUUUGCAUCCCAUUUCUUGUUCACACACACACACAGGACUGGAUUAAUAUAAUACACUAUCAGGGGAGGAAACGUUGUUCUGCAGCUUGUUACAGACAAUGCAAACCUUUAUGUUGGUGAGUGCCAAAUUUAAGUAAAAAAAAAGCAAUAUUAUUUAAGAUUUAAUACUG